UUAGAACUUCCUGGUCGUCCGAACUACAUUUCUGUGGGAGAAAAUAUAUAUAGAGCCAAUCUGUGUCCACAUUAGACCAUGCCAUUCCUUUAUUUCAGAUUGAAUCCUGACGAUAACCAUGACGGAUUGCCAGGAGAAUGAGCGGAUGUCUGUGCUCCUGUCAACAUACCUGGAAAGGAAGUUUACCGGCACAAAGGAGGAGGUGGACAUCUUAAGGAGAGCAUUGUUCUUACAGGGACACUUAAGCAAUUUGGACCAGAAUUCAGUUUAUGGCAUUCUAUGUGGUAGUCUUGGUGAGGGACUGUGUCUGAAGAGUUCAGAUGCUGAUGAAAUGGUUUCAGACAGGCAUGUUGUAGUAAUGUACCCAAAUCAGAGCAUUCCUUCACACCUGGCAAACAAAACCAUCCUGUAUAUGAGACAGGCAGACUGCCGCCCUGGCUACGUCAACUUACAGCUGGCUCAUAUACCAGACGAAUGUAACAGACUAUUAUUUAAUUCAUUUGUUCCACACCAGAACUCAACAUUUGUUUCCAGUGAUAUCUACAGAGAGCAAUGGGUCAGUUACAUGAAUCAACACACCGGUUGGAAAUACGAAUCCAAUGGGCCUAGCUGUACGACAUCUUCACAUUCACAAGAUUCCGACUCGGUUCGUUCUUUUGUGUGCGACUGUUGGCCAAAUGAGGCUAAUGAAUGGGUAACGCGUACACGUCUGUAUGGAUGGCCACAACAAGCCUUGAUAGACAAGAUUGUAGACAGAGGGUGUCACGUUGUUCCAGUCGGAGACAAAUGUUCCGAGGACCCAUCUUUACAAUGGAGAAUCUCAUUUGCAACAGCAGAGAAAUCCCUCAUCCAUUCCUUUAGUCACAUCCAGUUUAUGGUAUAUGCCUUGCUGAAAUAUUUUCUAAAACAAAUUAAAGAAACAUUAAAAGAAACCAUCGGGGAUGACGAUAUCUUGUGCUCCUACUUUUUGAAGACAACUCUUUUCCAUGCAAUUGAGAAUUCCAGCCAAAUGUUCUGGCAAGACAAACACUUGUUUUAUUGCUUUUGGUUUUGCUUGAACAUACUAAUUGCAUGGGUGCGGGCAGGAUUCUGUCCCAAUUACUUCAUUCCAACCAACAACUUGUUCAAAAGGAAAGUACAUGGACCAUCGCAAAAGAAACUACUGGACGUUUUAAACAACUUCUAUCAGAUGAAAUGGAUGUGUCUUUCAGUUGGAAACUUCUUCAAACCCACAGUAUGGGAGGAUCUGUGUAAUACCUCAAUCCAAGCUCAGCUCGCGUGUCCUGUAACUGUUCAGGAAGCCGUCCUCCACCAGGACACACUGACUGUUUGUAAUUUACGAUCAGUAGUUGCACGAAUCACCACACGAAGGAUCAUCAGGAAGGCGCUUCAGUUGUUAUCAACAGCACAGUCCGAUUUAGAUGAAGUUUACACAUACCACUAUGCUACGAUGAGUCUACAAAGACUUGCAAUUCAGCAGGUUUAUCCGGAUCACACAGUUGCUACAGACAACAAGACCAGGUACAGGAGUCUAAGGAAAUGUAAACACUGGAUGAUCCCCAGUGCUUUAAUGGGCACAGAGCUAUUACGCUUGGCAACUUUUCAUUUUCUGACUGGAAAUUACAGUAAGUCCCUGGAGAUGUGCAAACAAGUCAUGGAACUAGCAUCGUACUACAGAACUGACACACUAACAAACAAGAGGCUCCACCCAGACCAGGAGGCAAAGUAUAGACUUGAGCACCAACAACCGGGACACGCAUCAGACAGACUCCCGAAAAUAUACACAAACUUCAUAUCCUUUGACAACAAAGACUUAUGUCUUCCGCAUCUCCGUCCAGAGCUGAUGGAUGAAUUCUCAUGCAUUCUCGUCCCACCACUACCGUAUGCGGUGUUCCUGUCUUUUCUGUGCUGUAACGCGCUCGGAGAUACCAGAAGGCGUGAUGCAGCAUUACACCACCUGUUAGAGGUUCAGUAUGACGAAGAACAAGGAGGAGAUCAAUUCUAUAUAGUUCACACUCUACUGGGGAUCUGUUACCAAACUCUCGGGGACAAUCACCGGGCUAUCAGGGCUUACUGGGAGUCGGGACAAUCAGAGACUGAUUUUUAUGAGUGGAAUCUUGCCAUUGAGAGGAUAGCUGUGGUGUAUCUAUGUAUGUAUGUCUCAAAGGGGUCUGACAGAGGAUAGCUGUGGUGUGUCUAUGUAUGUAUGCCUCACAGAGGUCUGAUAGAGGAUAGCUGUGGUGUAUCUAUGUAUGUAUAUCUCACAGAGGUCUGAUAGAGGAUAGCAAUGGUGCAUCUAUGUAUGUAUGUCUCACAGAGGUCUGAUAGAGGAUAGCUGUGGUGUAUCUACGUAUGUAUAUCUCACAGAGGUCUGAUAGAGGAUAGCAAUGGUGCAUCUAUAUAUGUAUGUCUCACAGAGGUCUGAUAGAGGAUAGCUGUGGGGUGUCUAUGUAUGUAUGCCUCACAGAGGUCUGAUAGAGGAUAGCUGUGGUGUAUCUAUGUAUGUAUGUCUCAGAGGUCUGAUAGAGGAUAGCUGUUGUGUGUCUUUGUAUGUAUGUCUCACAGUGGUCUGAUAGAGGAUAGCUGUGGUGUGUCUAUGUAUGUAUGCCUCACAGAGGUCUUACAGAGGAUAGCUGUGGUGUGUCUAUGUAUGGAUGUCUCA